AUGGGACCAAGUCAUAUGGGGUUGGAGAAAAUUCUAGAGCUGACAAGGCAAUCGGCUUCCCGGUUCGUCACUACAACUUUACCUGCGGCACCAGUUUUGGCUAGAGGAACUUUUGGCGGUACUCUGGUUGCCCAAUCACUAUUAGCCUCGUUAUACACUGUUCCUACGAAUUUUGUACCAACUUCAUUGCACUGCUAUUUUAUCAGUGGGGGUGAUCCAAAUAAUAUGAUCGCCUAUGAUGUAGAAGAUCUGAGAAAUGGCCGAAACUUCAUUCAUAAACAAAUCACAGCUUACCAAGGUCAGAGAUUGAUAUUCUCGUCUACAAUUUUAUUUGCUAAGGAAAAGCACGACCACGAUUCGUUGCACUUCUUAAAAACAAUAAAGCCUUCGGACUUACCAGAUUUGCGGAAAUUUUGCGAUGCUUCGAGCCUGUUUGAGAGGAAGUUUAUCUUGAACGAUAAUUGGAAACGAUAUGCAAAUCUACAGCCGGCACUUGGAAACCCAGGUAUAAUUCAAAAGCAACUCGAGACCUUUCAAUUUGGUCCAAUUGCAUACAAAUUCCCUGAGGACCUAUUUUAUUCUACUGCAGACACUGAUAAAUUAGAUCAAUACAUUUCCAUAAGAAGUUCAGUAACAACUACCGCUGUGCAAUACGGAGAAAACCCAUUUCGAAUCACUCCAGCAAAUGAUAGGCGCUAUAAUUACGUAGCAUUCGCUUAUCUGUCAGAUUCUUACCUACUUAUGACUGUUCCGUAUUUCCACAAGUUACCAAUGUACUCUCAUAAAUUUAGCGUCUCCUUAGAUCAUAGCAUAUAUUUCCAUGAUAUGCCCAGAGUGAAUGACUGGAUAUAUUUGCAGGUUACGAAUCCAAGAUCCCACUGGGACAAGCACUUAAUGCGCGGGGAAUAUUAUGAUUCAGAAACAGGUGAAAUAGUUGCUAACGUUUCGCAAGAAGGAUUGGUAAUUUAUGAUUCAGAAAGAGAAAUCCGAGCAAAAUUCUAA